AUGGAUGAUUGCGAGCUUGAUCUACUCGUCAAAGAACUUGAAUCCGACCAAACUGAGCUUUUUAAGUAUAUUGAUAGGGAAGUUGAGAAGAAAACAACAACCUAUCCUGUUGAGGACUAUGAAAGGAUUACCAAAGUUGGCCAGGGCACUUUUGGUGAAGUUUUUAAAGUUCAGCAUAAAACCACUAAAGAGAUCUUCGCACUUAAACGUUUGAGAACAGAAAAGGAAACUGAGGGGUUCCCAGUUACUGCAUUACGAGAAGUGAUCAUUCUGCAAAUGCUGCGACAUGAGAAUAUUGUUCGUCUCCAUGGCAUUUGUCACAGACGCAGCCUUAAUGCAAACGGUUCUAGAUACGAGUUUUACUUGCUUUUUGAAUUCUGUGAUCAUGAUCUCGCCGGACUUCUUAGCCAAAAAGUCGACAUAAAUUUAUCAGUAAAGAAGGGCAUUGCGAAACAGUUACUUACCGGAAUUAAAUUCCUUCAUGAUAACAAUGUUCUACAUCGUGAUCUAAAGGCCUCAAACAUAUUGAUUGACCGUAGUGGACACCUCAAAAUCGCAGAUUUUGGUCUUGCUCGUGUUACUGUGACACCCUGGCGACAGGACAAGCGUCCACAGUACACAGCAAUGGUCGUCACACUUUGGUAUCGCCCUCCAGAGAUUCUUCUGAUGGAUCGUAACUACGGCAAACCGGUUGAUCUAUGGGGCGCUGGCUGUAUUAUCGCCGAAUUGUGGACACGCUGUCCUUUGAUGCAAGGCGAGAAUGAGUUAAGUCAGCUUAAGCUUAUAAUUAAUCUCUGCGGCUCUAUUACUCCAGCCGUCUGGCCUGGCGUAGAGCAUUUAGAAAGCUACAAGAAGACUAAACUACCCAUGGACACACGACGAACUCUACGAGAUCGACUCGUUUCUAUCCCUGUCCCAUCCGCCAUUGACCUAAUCGAUCGCCUCCUUGUCUGCAAUCCCUCCCGUCGUCUUACUGCUGAGCAGGCUCUGACUCAUGAAUUCUUCCAGGAAGAUCCACCGCCAGGAGACCUCUCCUGCCUUUCCCAGAACGGAGUUUCCUUUCUUGAAUAUAUUACUAACAAUCGAGCUCGACAGCAGCAACACCAGCAGCAAUAUCGGGGAGGACAAUACAGAGGUGGUCCGGGUUAUAGGGGUCGUGGGGGCAUACCAGCAGCGGGUGCGGCACAAAAUCAGGUGGAGAGCAGUAUGAGCUUUGAUCGUGUUUACUAA